AUGGAGAAAGGAGAAGGUGCCACAGCCAAGGCAAACAGGACCACAGCUGCAGACCACAGCUGCAGACCACAGACUACAGCUGCAGACCACAGACCACAGACCACAGCUGCAGACCACAGACCACAGCUGCAGACCACAGACCACAGCUGCAGACCACAGACCACAGCUGCAGACCACAGGCCACAGCUGCAGACCACAGACUACAGACCACAGCUGCAGACCACAAGCCACAGCUGCAGACCACAGACCACAGCUGCAGACCACAAGCCACAGCUGCAGACCACAGACCACAGCUGCAGACCACAGGCCACAGCUGCAGACCACAGCCUACAGACCACAGCUGCAGACUACAGACCACAGCUGCAGACCACAGCCUACAGACCACAGCUGCAGACCACAGACCACAGCUGCAGACCACAGACCACAGCUGCAGACCACAGCCUACAGACCACAGCUGCAGACUACAGACCACAGCUGCAGACUACAGACCACAGCUGCAGACCACAGACCACAGCUGCAGACUACAGACCACAGCUGCAGACCACAGCUGCAGACCACAGCUGCAGACCACAGACCACAGCUGCAGACUACAGACCACAGCUGCAGACCACAGCCUACAGACCACAGCUGCAGACCACAGCUGCAGACCACAGACCACAGCUGCAGACCACAGCCUACAGACCACAGCUGCAGACCACAGACCACAGCUGCAGACUACAGACCACAGCUGCAGACUACAGACCACAGCUGCAGACCACAGCCUACAGACCACAGCUGCAGACCACAGCUGCAGACCACAGACCACAGCUGCAGACCACAGCCUACAGACCACAGCUGCAGACCACAGACCACAGCUGCAGACCACAGCUGCAGACCACAGCUGCAGACCACAGACCACAGACCACAGCUGCAGACUACAGACCACAGCUGCAGACCACAGACCACAGCUGCAGACCACAACCUACAGACCACAGCUACAGACCACAGCUGCAGACCACAGCUGCAGACCACAGACCACAGCUGCAGACCACAGCUGCAGACCACAGCUGCAGACCACAGAUUCGGAUCAAUUGUCUUUGUUGA